CUGAUUUGGACGGCUGUCGAGGGCCUUUUCGAUGAGCUGAAUCCCACAACCGCUCUCUCAUCAUCUGAACAGCACCGCAGAGCUCAUCAAUUCGACACCUGCACACAGUUCACUUGCCAAGGAGGACAAAUAUGCGUGGAACAGGAUCAAGGUGUAUGCGCGAUGCGACCACAAUUGUGCAUCCAUUCUUCGCUUGUGUGUAACGGUGUGCAAAACUGCGUCGAAGGUGAUGAUAGCGACGAACAACACUGUUACUCGCGUGAGAUCAUCGCCGGCUCGUUGGGUGGUUUUCUCGUGUUGAUGGCGAUCAUCUUCAUUUGUGUGUGCUGUGACCAGUGGCGUAAACGACGUCGUCUGCGCAAAAUGCUGCGUGAACGACGCGCAGUCGCCAACGGCAAGACGCAGCGCGCGUUCAGACACGACGUGCAUCUGAACCACGACAUCGGAUUCGAUCGUGUCGAUGUCGCCGCCGCAGCCACGCUGCGAUACGCCGCGCACUGCGACGAGAACGACGUCGCGCUGCCGCGAUACAACCGCGGUCUGCCGCCGCGACCGCCGCCUCGGUGA